CGUCCUCUCAGUGGUAAAACGCGGAAGAGAGAAAGAACUGGCCGCCAAGUCAGCCCUACGUGAAAGCGGGUGAAGCCCAACCUCGGCCGGGGAGAGAUCGAGCUAAGGGCAAGCAACACGUGAUCUACUAGAAAGAGAUCUGUAGACAAAAUCUCACAAGGGAAGUUUGCUAGAAUCAAGAGUGAUGGACCCAUGUUCAGUUGGAGUCCAGCUCCGUACCACAAAUGAAUGCCAUAAAACCUACUAUACUCGUCACACGGGUUUCAAGACUUUGCAAGAACUGUCAUCAAAUGAUAUGCUUUUACUUCAACUUAGAACUGGAAUGACACUUUCUGGGAACAAUACCAUUUGCUUCCAUCAUGCGAAAAUUUACAUUGACAGAUUUGAGGAUUUGCAGAAGUCCUGUUGUGACCCAUUUAACAUACACAAAAAACUAGCCAAAAAAAAUUUGCAUGUAAUUGACUUAGAUGACGCCACUUUUCUGAGUGCAAAAUUUGGAAGACAGCUUGUACCUGGUUGGAAACUUUGUCCAAAAUGUACACAGAUAAUCAAUGGAAGCGUGGAUGUUGAUUCCGAAGAUCGGCAGAGAAGAAAACCUGAUUCAGAUGGAAGAACUGCUAAAGCUUUGAGGUCAUUGCAAUUUGCAAACCCAGGAAAGCAAACUGAAUUUGCUCCAGAAACUGGCAAAAGAGAAAAAAGAAGGCUCACAAAAAAUGCAACUGCUGGUUCUGACAGACAGGUGAUACCAGCUAAAAGUAAGGUCUACGAUAGCCAGGGCCUGCUGAUUUUCAGUGGAAUGGACCUCUGUGACUGCCUCGACGAAGACUGUUUAGGAUGUUUCUACGCUUGUCCUGCCUGCGGGUCCACCAAGUGCGGAGCUGAAUGCCGCUGUGACCGCAAGUGGCUGUAUGAGCAAAUCGAAAUCGAAGGAGGAGAGAUCAUUCAUAACAAACAUGCUGGGUUUUUGGAGGUCACAGAACAUUUUCCCCAUUGAUUAUUAAGGUUGCGUUGAAUGGCCAUUUUUAUGGUCCAGCACUACUGUGCAAGCCAGGGACUGUAACUGAGAACAGCGCCUACUUCAGGAAAAAUUAAUUUGGAUAAAACUAGGUGGUUGAAUCUUAAAACUAUUUUGGAAAUAAUCUACAUAUCUAAGUGCUAAAAUUCUUCUCACAACUUACCUUAAAGAAAAAGUUUUAAAUCUUUCAUUGUUUAGACCAUACAUGCUUGGUGAAACUUUGUUCUUGGGGGCAAAAAUCUUAUGUAUAAAGCAUGGAUAUUCAGGGCGCCUGAGUGGCUCAGUCGGUAGAGCGUCCGGCUUCGGCUCAGGUCAUGAUCUCAUGGUUCAUGGGCUCGA